AAAAAUGUCUUCAAUAACAUCAAACAAAAGAAAGUUAAAAAAUAUCAUCGAGAUCACUAAAGAAUUGAUAGCAACAGAGGUCAAAGGACCAACAGAAGAAGAUGAUAUUCACGUACUUGAAGGUCAAAUAAGGAAGAUAAAAGCAAUAAAAGAAGAAUUGGAAAGCAACACAAGAAAAAUAGAGAUCAUACAAGAUGAGUGGGAAGCAAACAUUCAAAAAUUGAAGACAAGCGAGAGAAUCGAAGCAGAAAAUGAAAUAACAAAUUUUAUCAACGAAAAUCAGAUAGAAAGUAUUUACAAAAUAGCAAAAACAAAAAUAAGAAAUUGGAAUUCAAUUGAGAUUGACUACUUAGUCAUGAGGUCUCAAAAGGAACCGACACUACAAAACGAACAAAAUACAACAAUGAAUGAAUCUAGAGGAAAUACCCACGUACUCAAACCACCGUUACUAAAACAGUAA